AUUAUUUUCAGCCGUGUUGUGAGCUCGCUGCAGAAACGAGAGAAGCAAAGAUGAGCGAGGCGGUGCCGGUGAGGCUGCUGGGCUCCUUCGGGAGCCCGUUCACGCACCGCGCGGAGGCGGCGCUCCGGCUGAAGGGGGUGGCCUACGAGUUCAUCCAGGAGGACCUCGGCAGCAAGAGCGAGCUGCUGCUCCGGCACAACCCCGUCCACAAGAAGGUGCCCCUGCUCCUCCACGGCGAGGACGACGACGACGUCCGCGCCGUCGCCGAGUCGCUCGUCAUAGUCGAGUACGUCGACGAGGCCUUCGAGGGCCCGCCGCUCCUACCGGUCGACCCGCUCGCCCGCGCCGCCGCCCGCUUCUGGGCGCAGUUCGCCGCCGACAGGUGCUCGAGGACGCUGUUCAAGGCGCUGUGGACGCCGGAGGGCGAGGCGCGGAAGGGGUUCCGGGAGGAGGCCAAGGAGAACCUGGUGCUCAUGGAGGCGCAACUGGAGGGGAGGCGGUUCUUCGGAGGCGACUCCAUAGGGCUGCUCGACAUCGCCGCCAGCGGGCUCGCCUGGCUCCCGGUGCUGGAGGAGGUCGCCGGCGUGGAAUCUAGCAUGAUGCGCGAGGAGGAGUACCCUGCCCUCUGCCGGUGGCGCGGGGAGUAUGCUUCCGAUGAGGCCGUGAAGAAGUGCUUGCCGAGCAGGGACGAGAUGGUCGCCUACUACGCGGCUAUGAAGGACCGCUUCGUUCUCCUUGCCAAGUCAACGCACAAGAAGUAAGACCAAAAUUGUACCGAACAUUGUUGCGUCUGUGGUGAGUUGUGAUCCAAAACUUUGCAGAAAAAUUAUUUGGCCGUUGCAAUAACUUUGACAAAUGAUUCCAAAAACAAACAAACUUUGACCAACAAUUACUAAAGCAUAUCUACGUGUGCUCUAAAUAUUGCACACCUAAAUCCUUUGUCAUUGAUUUUACGUUAAGAUUUGUGUAAAUAUUUUUUUUUGUUUUUUGCUUUUUUCUUUCUGUUCUAAUUGAGUCACUAAGAUGUAAUAAUUAAGGCACAUCUAGAUGCCCACUAGACAAACUCUUACUAUAACUAUAUGCGGAUUGUCUGAUGCAAAACUGGUAAACAUGAAAAAAAUUGGUACGUGUCAUCAAUCCUGUAUCCUGUACAUUACGUAUUGCUGAAUAAAUUCUUGUUAAAAUAAAUGGAUUUGCUAAUUCUCAUCUAGAAGAGAAAAUAACACGAGUUAAUGCACCAUUCGUGCUUGAAAUCGGCAUGGAUGAUCAUUUUGGUGUCUACAGUUGUGGCAUACAGAAAAGUGACGCACGGACUUAACUUUCAUGUGUAAUAAAAUGCGUUCGUUGUCCAUAGAUGUUAGUUGCGCUGCAGUAGCAUUGUAUUUCUGUUGGCAUGCGUGUGAUCGUGCCAACGAGACACCAGGUGCACUUGCAGUGGCUUACACAAUAUGUGUCUUUACGACCGUUGGGUCCCACCUAUCAUUGAAUGGCACAAAGAGAAAAUCCAAAUGAAGAAUGAUGACAUGUCCUUUGGGGUUCGAAUGAGCAACCUGAAGACUACCUGCCCUAGGAUUAACAACUCUAGCCCACGCCCUCUGAUGUCUACUAGUGGUUAGGUCCCGUCAUUAUGGCCCACUUCAGCGAAAGCUAUAUGCGCGUUUCUCCAUCUUAAAGAAAAAAAACUGACCUUCAUCUCAAUAUAAAAAAACUUUCUCGUAUCACGUGAACAUCAUAUCCAUCUCAAAAAGAAAAAGAAAAGCUUAAAAAAAUUCUCAAAAGGAAAAAGGGGAAAGAAAAUCCCACUAUCAUCAUCCAAAAAAUAAUAUCCAGAAAAAUUAAAAACUUCCUCAUUACGUUCAACCACACGCGCCAUGUGGAAUAGAGGGUUGGCAGCUCUUCUCGUCCGCCUUAAUGGGACCAAUAGCUUUUUUUUUAGAAGAACUAAUGGGACCAAUAGCUAGUCCAUGAGCCAAGCACUCACAUAAUAGGGCAUAAAUGGGCUGAACUCAGUAUGACCCUUUUUCCCAUUUUAGUUUUUCUGGUAAAUUUGUAAAAUAUAUAUG